AUGGUGAGAUUCCUGGCGGGUAAAAAAGUGAUUCGCGGACACUAUGAGGCGUCCCGCCAAAGAGCGAAGAGCGACAAGUCAGUGAUCAUUGCAGUACUGCUGGCCCUCUUCGGCGUGGCCCUCUCAUCGCCGAUCGCCCAAUACGGCCACGGCUACGUGGCCCCGGUGGCCGCCUACCACGGCCACGAGGAACACUACCCGGACGCCCACCCCGCCUACAAGUUCCACUACAACGUCCACGACCCCCACACCGGUGACGUCAAGAGCCAGGAGGAGUCCAGGGACGGCGACGUAGUCCACGGAUCCUACUCCCUCGUCGAACCCGACGGUGGCAAGAGGACCGUCGAAUACACCGCCUCCCACGCCCACGGAUUCAACGCCGUAGUCCACAAGGAGCCCGGACACCACGCCGUCCCCGCCUACCACGCACCCGCACCCGCCUACCACGCCCCCGCCUACCAUGAUUUAUUCAAUAAUCAAAUCCCUUUCAUAUUCAUGAUCGCCGCUUUAUUGGCCCUCGUCGCCGCCGUGAGCUGCAUGCCCCAAUACGGCCACCAAGAGUCCUACCACCACGAGCCCCACUACCCCUCGGAGCCAAUCAAAUACGAGUUCAAAUACUCCGUCCACGACCCCCACACCCACGAUGUCCACAGCCAGGAAGAGAGCGGAGACGGUCACUACGUCAAGGGAGUCUACAAGCUCAACGAACCCUACGGAGGAGAGCGCGUCGUCGAGUACUCCGACAACGGACACGGAUUCGUCGCUCACGUCCACACCUCCAAGAUCUCGCAUCCCCAGAACUACGGACAUGGUGGUUACGGACAAAAUCCCAUUAUUCUGUUUCAGAUCGCCGCUUUAUUGGCCCUCGUCGCCGCCGUGAGCUGCAUGCCCCAAUACGGCCACCAAGAGUCCUACCACCACGAGCCCCACUACCCCUCGGAGCCAAUCAAAUACGAGUUCAAAUACUCCGUCCACGACCCCCACACCCACGAUGUCCACAGCCAGGAAGAGAGCGGAGACGGUCACUACGUCAAGGGAGUCUACAAGCUCAACGAACCCUACGGAGGAGAGCGCGUCGUCGAGUACUCCGACAACGGACACGGAUUCGUCGCCCACGUCCACACCUCCAAGAUCUCGCAUCCCCAGAACUACGGACAUGGUGGUUACGGACAUUAAGAACCUAACCUCCAAAUCCCCUUCCCAUCGCACCCACACACCCGAAUCCAUACCUCCUCAUGAGUUUGACUCGAAAAUCGCCGGCAGGCACGAGCUAAAAUUCAUUCCCACAACUUUGCCGAGACUAAUAUAAUGGUCGACCUUUUCUUAUCAUUCUCAUCCUCUUCAUAGAUCAUCCUUCACCUCACAUCAUUUCUUUCAUUUUCAUUUUCAUUUUCAUUCUUCGUAUACAUCAUAUUCAUCAUCACCAUUUUCAUUAUCAUCGUCAUUCUUCAUUUUCACUUCCAUUAUUGCCAAUUUUGACCGAACGUGCAACUUGUAAAGGAUUCUUGUGAUAAAAGACUGAAUUAGGAUCGUCUUAUUUACUCAUUUUUGUUUGUUUUUUGUUGAUUUUGUGAGUACUUGUGACAGCAACUGCACUCGAUCGAAAGAUCAUCUAAAUGUUUUCAAACUGAUUCUCUUGAUAUUUUUGUGUAAACUGCAAAGAAUCUAAUUCAUCUCAUCGUGAAUAAAUCAUACCAUACCAAAAAUCAA